CGCUCAGGGAGUUGUCGGGAGUGAGAGUCUCAUGUUUAUUUUGUUUCGAUUUUGUGUCGGCCACAGCUCUGAGGGAGCCGGGCCGCCCGGCGCCUUUAAACGGGCGCCACGUCACAGCGGCUGAAGCAGGGACAAAGCGCGAGGGCCGGCUCUUAAAGGGGAGGUCUCCAGGCGGCGCGGAGAGCGGGCCGCAGCUUCAUACCAGCUAACUGAGAACUCUCCAUGUACAGGCUGCUUUCCUAUUUAAAAAAAAAUUUGCUUAGACAAGAGAAGAUUACUUCAAUACAGAGUCAACCAGUCAAAUUGGUGUUCGAAAGCCAGAGGAGUUGCAUUUUGCUUCCUGAACUUGCUGUUCCUUACCCUCGAGUCUGGCUUGUUCAUUCCUUUUCUGUACGUUUGGCGGUGAAGCAAGGCCUGAGACUGCGUGUUUUCAACCCAGUUGUUGCAACUUUCUCUUGGGUCCCUAGCUGCCCUUAUUGCACAUCUAAAGCAGGGAUGCCCGUGCAGCGAUACUGUGUGGAUUAUGCCAAACGUGGCACAGCUGGCUGCAAGAAGUGCAGGGAGAAACUCCCGAAAGGGCUAGUACGGAUUGGGAGGAUAAUGCCAAAUCCCUUUUCUGAGGGAGCUGAGAUGAAAGAAUGGUAUCACAUCAAAUGUAUGUUUGAAAAGCUGGAACGUGCCCGAUUAAGUACCAAGAAAAUUGAUGACUUAACGGACCUGGAAGGCUAUGAAGAACUUCAGGACGCAGAGAGGGAUCUGAUCAACCAGCACAUUAAAGAACUUGCAAUCAAGAAUGGUUUGCUUUCUUCGAAAAUCAAACCCUCCCCAAGUAAGCCAACUACUAUCACUCCAGUCACUCCAUCACCACGUAAAUUUUCUGGAUUCUCAGCUAAAGUCGGAUCCCCUGAAGAAGAGCCUUCAACCUCCAGCAGUGCUCCAUCAGCUGGGGCAUGUGACCCGAAUCACAAAGAUUGCUCUUUGCGAGAAUUUCGAAAACUUUGUGCAAUGAUUGCAGAUAAGCCGAGCUAUAAUACUAAAACACAGAUCAUCCAGGAUUUCCUGAGGAAGGGGACUGGUGGAGAUGGAAAAUUCCAUGGAGAUGUGUACUUAACCAUAAAACUACUAUUGCCAGGUGUGAUCAAAACAGUUUACAACCUAAAUGACAAACAGAUCGUCAAACUGUUCAGCAGGAUAUUUAACUGCAGUCUGGAUGACAUGGUGCGAGACUUGGAGCAGGGGGAUGUCUCUGAGACUGUGCGCAUCUUUUUUGAGGAGAGUCAAACUUUCCCGCCAGCCCAUAAAAGUGUUAUGACAAUUCAGGAGGUCGAGGCAGCUCUCACGCAACUGUCCAAAUUGACUAGGGAGGAAGACCAACAAAAGGAGCUUCAGAAUAUUGCUGCAAAAUGCACAGCCAAUGAUCUGAAAUGCAUUAUAAGGUUGAUCAAGCACGAUCUAAGAAUGAAUUCUGGAGCAAAACAUGUGUUGGAUGCCCUUGACCCCAAUGCUUAUGAUGCAUUCAAAGCUUCACGUAAUUUGCAAGAUGUGGUUAACCGUGUCCUCCAGAAUCAACAAGAAUCUGAACACGUGCCAGGUUUGAAGAAGAUUCUUAGCAUCAAGGCCAAUCUUCUAACCCCAGUACAGCCUAUGCUGGCAGAAGCUUGCAAAUCGAUCGAAUAUGCCAUGAAGAAAUGCCCAAACGGAAUGUAUGCAGAGAUCAAGUAUGAUGGGGAGAGAGUUCAAGUACAUAAAAAUGGGGACACCUUCCAGUAUUACAGCAGAAGCCUGAAACCUGUGUUGCCACAUAAAGUUGCUCAUUUUAGAGAUUAUAUUCCCAAAGCUUUUGUAGGCGGCGACAGCAUGAUUUUGGAUUCCGAGGUGCUGCUGAUUGAUACACAGACUGGAAAACCACUCCCUUUUGGAACACUGGGUGUCCAUAAGAAAGCUGCUUUCAAAGAUGCUAAUGUCUGCCUUUUUGUCUUCGACUGUAUCUAUUUCAAUGGAGUCAGCCUCAUGAACAGACCAAUCAGUGAACGAAAGCAAUUCCUUCAUGACAACAUGGUUGAAAUUCCCAAUAGGAUCAUGUUUUCCGAGAUGAAGCACGUGACUAGGGCCUCUGAUUUGAGAGAAAUGAUCAAUCGAGUUAUUCAAGAGGGCCUGGAAGGACUCGUACUGAAAGAUGUUAAGAGUCUAUAUGAACCAGGCAAACGUCAUUGGCUGAAAGUAAAGAAGGAUUAUCUCAAUGAAGGUGCGAUGGCUGAUACUGCGGACCUCGUGGUGCUGGGAGCAUUCUAUGGGCAAGGAAAUAAAGGUGGGAUGAUGUCCAUUUUCUUGAUGGGUUGCUAUGACCCUGAUUCUUCACAGUGGUGCACAGUAACCAAAUGCGGAGGUGGCCAUGAUGAUGCGACAUUGGCACGCUUACAGAAUGAACUGGAUAUGGUGAAAAUAAGCAAGGAUCCAAGCAAGGUGCCAGCAUGGUUAAAUGUCAGUAAGAACUACGUACCUGACUUUAUUGUCAGAGAUCCAAAGAAAGCACCAGUGUGGGAAAUCACUGGGGCUGAGUUUUCUAAAUCUGAGGCGCACUCUGCAGAUGGAAUCUCAAUUCGGUUUCCACGGUGUACACGUAUUCGUGAUGACAAAGACUGGCAAACGGCAACCAAUCUUCCUCAACUCCAGGAAUUGUACAGGGUUUCAAAAGAGAAGACUGAUAUUAUUGUGACUUCUGGGAAAGAUGAUGAUGAGUGGCCCUCUGGUUCAUCAAAACUGACAUCACAAGAUUCAAAAGCCCCUUCCAAAUUAUCUGGGAAGAAAAUUAAGAACCAAGAAGCUAACCAUACUUCCAAAAAAUCACCACUUGUAUCGUCAGAUUCAUCAACAGGAAGAGGGGUGAAGCGGAGAUUAACAGCAACUGAACCGAAUGGAAAGAAGAUCAAAUCACCCGUAACUGAAAAGAGUAAUGGCUCCUUGCUUUCCAGCCCAUCUGUGUCAUCUUCUUCCAACCAGACCCUGCUGAACAUAUUUACUGGAGUGAAGCUUUAUUUGCCCACGUCAGUGCAAGACUACAGCAAACUCCGCCGGUAUUUCAUCGCAUAUGAUGGUGACCUGGUUACAGAAUAUGACUUGGCUACAGCAACGCAUGUGGUUGGUGAAGCAAAGGAUAAUACACACGCUACAAAGGUCUCUGUGAAUUGGAUCUGGGAGUGCAUCAAGAAAAGGAGGCUGGUUCUACCAUGCUGAUAGAUAUCACUCUGAUAUCUUUCCAGCCUAGAAGGGGUAAAAUCUCAAAUUUAAGAUUUAAGUACUUGUCCCAAAAAAUUUUAGAUGUAAUUCGGACUUCUGUGUCAUGAGAAUGAAUGAUAUUAGCACAAUUGAAUUCUGUGCUAGGUGUCACGUACACAUCUGUAGACUUGCCUAUUUGGAAGAACAUGCAAAGGGGUUAUGAAAGUGUUUUCACUUUAUUUAACACUCCUUUUCUGACAAGUGGAUGAUUUCUGUACUGUGGUGCUGUAUUCAAGAUGAUGGGAAUGCGCAUUCCAGUUGACAGGUCUUGCAGGACACUACUUUAAAGAGCAAAGUAUGAAAUUACAUCUUCUCGAAGAACAUUGGUUAGUAUUUAACCUAGAGUCACCAAGAGAAAUAUUGUAUUUUAUUUGUGUUUCAGUUCUCCAAUGCCCCUAAAGCUCAUAAAUUUGAAAUGACUUUUGAAAAUAUAAAUGCAUUUGUAUAUAACAUGAACUUUUGAUUCUUGAGCUUAUUUUAAAAAAACUAGACAUGAAAAAGGAUAUGGUUGAAGAUAAAGGUUCAGGUAAAACUUCACAAAAUAUAUCUUUUCCUCUUCUCGGUCCAAUGCACUACUUGAUGUGCUGCUUAGCCAUCUUCCUGUAGUUGAUCCUUGGGCCUUUUGCUACAUUAGCUAGUCUCCGUCAAGUUGGGGAUGUCAUAAAUGGACUCCAUCUUACUAGGUCUGAGUCCCUCCUGCUCUCGAUCACUCCAUGGUUAGCCCUGUGGGGAUUAGUUAAAGAUUUGGUAGUGAUUUCUCAUCCUGUGAUGAAGUAAAAUCAGGACACCUGGAUAAGAAGUGUGUGGAAUCAUAAUCUGAUGUGAUUUGAUACCUGCAUGGGAUGAAGUGGUGCAAGUUAGAGAAGUAGGAAAUAAUUUCUGUACUACUUUGGAUAAUUUGAAAUUGUUUUUCCCAGUCCAAGACCAGCCUAUGAACCACCAGGUAUUUCAUUUUGGAUAGACAAGGGCUUAUAUUAGUGUUGGAUUCCUGCCACAGUAUUCCAGCUUGUGCAACCAAUCAAGCAACCCCUUAAAUUACCACUAAUAAGUUGAUUGUUUGUUUAUUUUAAGCUACUCUUCUCUUAAAAUACCAUCAUUUACUUCAACCACCAUUCCCCGACAGCCUCCCAUUCGCAACCUAACAGGUAGCCAGUGAAAUCCCAUUUGCAAUAAUGUAAAUAAGAAUUUGGGUAGGGAUUUUGGGCAAACCUUCCAAAUUUCUUCUCAUUCUUCUCAUUUGACUAAGUUUUCCCUAGGAGUUCGUCUAAGGGGAGUGAUUCUUGUGUCCCAAUGGUGACGUGUGUUUGCUGACACAUUUUGAAUUUGUCAAAGUUAAUUUUGUUUUUAAAUGUUCAGACUUCGAGUAAUUGCUUUUUAUCAGUUUCUGGGUUGUUGCAAGGAUCAGCAUGUUGUGAACAAUUGGUGCUGCGACAUCUGUAAAUAGCAUACUUUUGAAACAAAACAGUCAAAACCAACUUGUCGCCUCUUUAUGUGGAUAUGUUUAAUAAUGCAGCUGAGGAGCCAAGUUAGGAACAAAAAUAAAUUUGGUAAGUCUGUGCAAA